AAAAGGGGAAAAAAAAACAGUACUUACGACGAUGCUUCUAAUUCAUAGGAGUUGAUGUAAAGGAUGGUGGCGAUGAUGGAGGUUCCAGAUUCCCCCGCAUGCCACAUCCACCGCCACCUAUAAUUUGUCAACAAGUACCGUUUUGUUUGUUUUUCUUUAUUUUUGAGGCCUCAUAUCCCCGCGUCCCAAACCCUCUCCAAGCCCUCCUUCCUCAACUCAAAGUUUCUCAAAAUGAAGCCAAUAGCCAGCGGUCAUCCUCCCGAUCUUCUCGUCCCUUCUUCUCUUCCUUCUAUUCCGCUGCUGCAGAAGGCGGUAGCAGAGCACAGCAGAACCCCUCGCACGAAAGUAAUAUAAGGCGGACGAAGCCACUGUUCCUCUCUUCUCCCUCCCUCUUGUUCUAUGCCUGCCCAAGUCAAAGAAGCUGAUACCCAAUUUUCUCCAAUUCCCAGUCUCCACCUGCCCCAGUAGCAUCUCAAGUAUCUCCAACCCUUUUUUCUUUGUUCCAAUCGAAACUUAAAGGCCACAAAAAAAAUAACCCCAUCAGUAAUAAAUAAUUCUAAAGUCAAGUAGAAGAUGGCGUCCGGUAGCCGGCCGACGCAGUCUUCCGGCGCGAGCAACAUCCGGGCCGGCGGCGGCGGCUCUUCGCAUCCGUCGGAGUCGGUGAGUAAGGCGAUCGCCCAGUACACCAUGGACGCCCGACUCCACGCGGUCUUCGAGCAGUCCGGGGAGUCCGGCAAGUCCUUCAAUUACUCCCAGUCGGUGCGCACGGCGACGCCGUCGCAGUCGGUCCCGGAGCAGCAGAUCACGGCGUACCUCUCCAAGAUCCCGGGCGGAAAUAUCCAGCCCUUCGGCGCUACCCUUGCCGUCGACGAGCCCUCCUUCCGCCUCCUUGCUUUCUCCGAGAACGCCCCCGACCUCCUCGACCUCCCCCAGUCCGUCCCCUCCCUCGACACCUCCUCCCCUCACCGCCGCCUCGCCCUCGGCUCCGACGUCCGCUCCCUCUUCACCCCCUCCUCCGCCCUUCUCCUCGACCGCGCCGCCGCUGCACGCGAGAUCACCCUCCUCAACCCCCUAUGGAUCCACUCCCGCGCCUCCGGCAAGCCGUUCUACGCCAUCCUUCACAGAAUCGAUGUCGGAAUCGUCAUCGAUCUCGAACCUGCGCGCACCGAGGACCCUGCUCUCUCCAUCGCCGGCGCCGUCCAGUCCCAGAAGCUCGCCGUCCGGGCAAUUUCCCGCCUCCAGUCGCUCCCCGGCGGCGACAUCAAACUUCUCUGCGACACCGUCGUCGACCACGUCCGCGAGCUCACCGGAUACGACCGCGUCAUGGUGUACAAGUUCCACGAGGACGAGCACGGGGAGGUCGUCUCCGAGAGCCGCCGCGACGACCUCGAGCCCUACCUCGGCCUCCACUACCCGGCCACCGACAUCCCCCAGGCCUCCCGCUUCCUCUUCAAGCAGAACCGCGUCCGGAUGAUCGUCGACUGCAACGCCACCCCCGUCCGGGUGAUUCAAGACGAGAGCUUGAUGCAGCCGCUCUGCCUCGUGGGCUCCACCCUCCGGGCGCCGCACGGCUGCCACUCUCAGUACAUGGCCAACAUGGGCUCCGUCGCCUCCCUUGCCUUGGCCGUCGUCAUCAACAGCAGCGGCGACGACGACGGCAUCAACCGCAACGCCAUGAAGCUCUGGGGCCUCGUCGUCUGCCACCACACCUCCCCUCGCUCCAUCCCCUUUCCACUCCGCUAUGCCUGCGAGUUCCUCAUGCAGGCCUUCGGCCUCCAGCUGAACAUGGAGCUCCAAUUGGCAGCGCAAUUAUCCGAGAAGCACAUCCUCAGGACCCAGACCCUGCUCUGCGAUAUGCUCCUCCGCGAAUCGCCGACCGGAAUCGUCACCCAGAGCCCCAGCAUAAUGGACUUGGUGAAGUGCGACGGAGCUGCCCUCUACUACCGGGGGAAGUACUGGCCGGUCGGUGUCACUCCGACGGAAGCUCAGAUAAAGGAUAUAGUGGAAUGGCUGUUGGCUUGUCAUGGGGACUCGACGGGGCUGAGCACCGACAGUUUGGCGGAUGCUGGCUAUCCAGGCGCGGCGGCGCUCGGGGACGCGGUCUGUGGGAUGGCUGUUGCCUAUAUCACUCCAAGAGACUUUUUGUUUUGGUUCAGGUCACAUACAGCGAAGGAGAUCAAGUGGGGUGGUGCGAAGCAUCACCCGGAGGACAAGGAUGAUGGGCAGAGGAUGCACCCUCGGUCAUCGUUUAAGGCAUUCUUGGAAGUGGUUAAGAGCAGGAGCUUGCCAUGGGAGAAUGCGGAGAUGGAUGCCAUACAUUCGUUGCAGCUCAUCCUGAGGGAUUCUUUUCGGGAAGCAGCGGAGGGGACCAGCAAUUCAAAGGCAAUCAUCAAUGGUCAAUUUGGGGACCUGGAGUUGCAAGGGAUAGAUGAGCUCAGCUCGGUUGCACGGGAGAUGGUAAGGUUGAUAGAGACGGCAACUGCUCCCAUCUUUGCAGUUGACGCAGAUGGACGUAUCAAUGGUUGGAAUGCGAAGAUUGCUGAAUUGACAGGGCUCCCAGUGGAGGAAGCUAUGGGUAAAUCACUGGUUAAGGAUCUUGUCUUCAAGGAGUCAGCGGAUGUUGUCGAUGAGCUUCUCUGCCGGGCCUUGAGAGGUGAAGAAGAUAAGAAUGUGGAGCUAAAGCUGAAGACUUUUGGCUUGCAACAAUCAAAGAAUGCUAUUUAUGUCAUAGUAAAUGCUUGUUCUAGUAGAGACUACACAAAUAAUAUUGUAGGUGUGUGUUUUGUUGGCCAGGAUGUUACUGGAGAGAAAGUGGUCAUGGAUAAAUUCAUUCACAUACAAGGUGAUUAUAAGGCUAUCAUACAUAGUCCUAACCCUCUAAUUCCCCCCAUAUUUGCUUCGGACGAGAACACGUGUUGCUCAGAGUGGAACACAGCAAUGGAAAAGCUUACUGGUUGGUCAAGAGGGGAAAUGAUUGGAAAGCUUGUGGUUGGUGAAGCUUUUGGCAGCUGCUGUCGACUCAAGGGUCCGAAUGCUCUUACAAAAUUCAUGAUUGUCCUUCACAAUGCCAUUGGAGGACAUGAAUCAGACAAAUUCCCGUUUGCAUUCUUUGACAAGAAUGGCAAAUUUGUACAGGCGCUUCUGACAGCACACACAAGAAGUAAUAUGGACGGCCAGAUAAUUGGAGCCUUUUGCUUCUUGCAGAUAGCUAGCCCUGAACUGCAGCAAGCUCUUGAAAUCCAGAGGCAGCAGGAAAAGAAAUGCUAUGCAAGAAUGAAAGAACUGGUUUACAUUUGCCAAGAGAUGAAAAAUCCACUUAGUGGUAUUCAAUUCACAAACUCACUGUUGGAGAUGACCGACUUAACUGAUGAUCAGAAGCAGUUCCUUGAAACUAGUGCUUCAUGUGAGAGACAGAUGAUGAAGAUCAUAAAGGAUGUGAACCUACAAAGUAUUGAGGAUGGCUUGUUGAUCCUCGAUGAAGGUGAAUUUCUGCUUGGAAGCAUUAUAAAUGCUGUUGUUAGUCAAGUGAUGAUUUUGCUGAGAGAAAGAGGUUUACAAUUAAUUCGGGAUAUUCCUGAAGAAGUAAAAAUAAUUUCUGUAUGUGGAGACCAAGUUAGAAUUCAGCAAGUCUUGGCCGACUUUUUGCUGAACAUGGUACGGCAUGCACCAUCUCCAGAUGGGUGGGUGGAGAUCCAAGUGAAGCCAAGUUUGAAGCAGAAUUCUGAUGGAACAGAAGUGGUGCUUUUCCAAUUCAGGAUUGUUUGCCCUGGUGAUGGCCUUCCACCAGAACUUGUGCAAGAUAUGUUCCAUAACUCCAGGUGGGUGACCCAGGAAGGCCUCGGUCUGAGCAUAUGCCGGAAGAUCCUAAAACUGAUGAAAGGGGAAGUCCAGUAUAUCAGGGAGUCAGAGAGAUGUUACUUCCUCAUCUUCAUGGAGCUUCCCAUUUGUCAUAAAGGUGAAAGCAGAGGGAACUAAUCCAGUCAGAGACAUGUAAUUCUCACCGAACUGAUAUUAUGCUAAGCUGCAGCUGUAGUAAAUGGUGCUUGGUGCCCUGGUGCUAUACUUGAUUAGCUAGCCCCAAAACUGAGGGACAUCUGAAUUACUGCUCGGAAACUCUCAAGUCACAUCGAGAACUUCAUUAGACAACUGGGACACUUAUGGUCAGUGAUGUUGCAUGAGAAAUUAUUUUCCUAAUCUUGUGCAUGCUUUUCCCCAGUUUAUUAGGAGCAUGCCCGUGAUCUUGUUUGUUAGCCUCAUAAAGCACAUAGGGGCCAUGGCAACGUGAAAAUGUGUCCCCUGUUGUUGUUUGCUUGAUGCUAUUGGAGCUUCCGAUGGCUUCAUCUAUUGUAUGUAAGUCUGACGCUCUAAAUGAAUGAAUUGCUAUGGAAAGUUUCAAUUGCUUUUAA